AGGAAGCAUUGACAUAUCGUUAAUAUAUUUACACUCAAUUAAAAUAAUACGCUGUAAUCUUUUGCUUUAUAACGAGCCUGAUAAAAUACGUUUUCAACAUAGGCAACUUUUACAGAUAACUCUCAGUUUUUAAAGUGGCGGACAAUCAUAUGGAGCUGUCACCGCCGCCGUAAAGCGACAAGCCGUAUUUCAGUUUGUGUUGUUGUGGAGAGCUACACUGACAGAAGGAUGUGGAUAUUUAAUGUGAAUGUUUUAGUAUUUUUGAUAUGUUUUGUGGGACCGUACGAGACAUUAGCCCUUCAGGAUGUAACGGCCGACCUGUUCGGGACGGAAAACUUCGGCACGGUGGCGGCGUUUGGAGAUUUUAACUCGGAUAAACAGACAGACAUCUUCAUCAUCAGAGAGCAGUCUGAAGUGGUGAUAUUCUUGGCUGACUUGAAAACACCUUACUUCAAGCCAAAAGUGCACAUCAACCUUUUACCAAGUGAUCACACCAUCACCAGCGUGGUUCCUGGAGAUUACGAUGGAGACUCUCAGAUGGAUGUACUGCUCACCACUCAGCUCAAGUCCAAGGACACAACUGUGUUCAUCUUCUGGGGGAACAACCAGACGCUGGAUAUGGAUGGGCGGCUGGAGUUGAACAAAACCUUUGAAGAUCAACCUCUUGUUAUGGAUUAUAAUGGAGACAUGAUCCCAGACAUCUUUGGUGUCAUCAAGGGCUCAUCUACACCUUCAGCUGAAGUCUGUUAUCUCACCAAACGGAACCCAGUGUGGCAGAAUGCUCUGAGCCCGCCUGUCAACAUGCACAUCCCUCACUCCAACGCUUUUAUCGACCUCAACAAGGACUUCACCGCUGAUUUGUUCCUGACAGUCCAAGGGCCAACACCUCAAGGGCCAAAAUUCGAGACUUGGAUCAACAAGGAUGGGAACUUCAGCAGGAUGGAUGUGCUUCCUGCAGACCCUCCAUCCGCCGCUCGGCUUGUUGGACAGUCGUCCUUUGUCGAUUUUGAUGGUGAUGGAUACCAGGAUCAUCUCCUCCCUGUUUGUCUGGACGAAGCCUGCCAGAACAGUGCCAUCUUCCUGUCCAAGCCUGGCCAGAAAACGUGGGUUUCUGUGCUGUGGGAGUUCAAUCAGAAGGACACACUGUGGGGCUUCGUGCCUGGGAAACCAGGCCAGCCACUGGGCCUCCACCUGGGAGACUACAACCUGGAUGGCUUCCCUGAUGCCCUUGUGGUCCUUCGCAACACCAGCGGCAGCAAUCAGCAGGCCUUCCUCUUGGAGAAUGUACCCUGUAAAAACCCGAACUGCCAGAGCAUUGGGAGAAUGUUCCGCAUCCACUGGGACCAAUCAGAUUUGAGUGCCAUCCCCCAUGCCACCGUGGCAACAUUCUUUGACAUUUAUGAGGACGGGAUAUUAGACAUGCUGGUUCUAAGCCAGGCGGAGGGCAGAGAUGGCUUGAUCAUCCACGCUUUGAAGAACAACUUUGAAGCCGACGCCUACUUUGUUAAAGUUAUGGUGCUCAGUGGCCUCUGCUUCAACGACUGCCCCGAAGAAGUCAAGCCUUUUGGUGUUAACCAGCCGGGACCAUACGUCAUGUACACCACAGUGGACUCCAACGGCUACCUGAAGAACGCUUCAGCUGGUCAGUUGAGCCAGUCAGCCCACUUUGCCCUGCAGCUGCCCUACACAGUGCUCGGCCUCGGACGCAGUGCCAAUUUCCUGGAUCACCUGUAUGUCGGCAUCCCACGGCUACCUGGAGACACGGACAUAAGGAAGCAGGAGUGGACAGCCAUUAUUCCCAACUCUCAACUCAUCGUCAUCCCCUACCCACACAACGAGCCCCGCAGUUGGAGCGCUAAGUUGUAUCUGACUCCCAGCAACAGUGUUCUGCUGACAGCCAUCGCUCUGAUUGGAGUGUGUGUCUUCAUCCUCGUCAUCAUCGGCAUCCUGCACUGGCAGGAGAAGAAAGCUGACGACCGGGAGAAGAGGCAGGAAGCCCACCGUUUCCAUUUUGAUGCCAUGUGAAGAAAGGGAACUGCACUGUGCAUCAUCCUGCACGCACGCACGCACACACACACACACACACACACACACACACACACACACACACACACACACACACACACACAGUUUUACUCAAUUUCAUUUCAACGGGCCAAUAAAUGUAUCGUCAUUUGCCCCAAAAUGUUUCUUUUUGAUAUUUUUCAGUCUUCGAGUCAGGGCUGAAAUAUUCAUGUUGGGUUUCAUUUAUUCAUUCCAGUGUUAGAAGUACAGGAGCAGCAGCAGGACCGCAGAGAAAUCUCAGAUUAAAAAAACAGAUUUCUGAAGACUGGCUGCAGUCAAUGUGUAAUCAUCGGCGCUUGUAUUAGAACAUUUCCACAAAAAGACACAAAUUCCAGCUGAGAUGUUAAAAUGCCCAACAAGUUACUGCAAUAUUGUCAGCUGUUUGUUUGUGAUUGUUCACUGGAAGGGAAAGCUUCAUUGGCACAAAGUGUUAUAGUUUUACUUGAAAUCCAUGUGCGUGCUACUGCCCCAAUGUUUCUGUCCAGGCGUCUUUUUGUCUGAACGAUCCGCCUUUGUUUUUUCCACUGGACAGAAGGAACCACAAAUAAAUCCUUCCUGUUUGUCAUUGCUUUUACACCUUUGCUUUCAUCCAGUUGAAUUAAAUGGAAGUAAUUUCUGUGUGAACUGCAUAAGUGGCCGGUGCAAACUGAACAGGGACAAACUCAAGAAGCAGAGCAGUGAUUCUCUGGAAUUGUUUUGUUUUUGUUUUGUUUUGUUUUGUUUUGUUUUGUUUUUGCUCCCAACACUGAGAGGAAAAUAAAUCCACAGUCUCCUGCCUCCAAAAAUGAUUAAUGGCCCUCAGCUCUGCUGGGUAUAAAUUCAUCUUUUCUCAGCUGAUCAUAUCACAGUGGAUCAUCAGAUUGGAGUGCCAAAAAACGACCAUGUCACAUCCUUUCACCUUCUUUUUAAUGCUACAGCGUCGAGGCUUACCAGUCACUCUGAGGACUGUCUCUGCUGAUCAACACUGUUUUGUUUGGAGAUGUCGGCUUCCUGUUUGUUACCUUUUCAAAAAAUAAUUGGGCCAAGUGUUUCUGGCAUGUUCAGAUAUUUAUUCAGCUACAAUACGCUGUUUGCACAAUGAUUGUUUGUUUUUGUGUUUUUUAUUACUAAUGAUUAACUGUGGGUAAAUGUAAUUUAUUUUGUUCUGUGCACUUGAUUUGCAUAUGAAUGUUGAGGCUACUAAAUGUGUUAACUAAUGCUAAUAUGUGUUUGGGGGGGUUGAGAAUAAAGGUUGCUUAUGCUCAAAUUGAACUAAA